AAAGGAGAACAGGAAAUCUGAAACGCUUUUGUCUUCCUCGUAAAACUCUCUUUUUCUCUCUCUCAUGCACUCCCUCAUCCUCUUUGUUUUGUCUCCAAGCUGUAACAUUUCUGGGGCGUCGUAAGAUAUUGCUUGUUGGGUCUCUCACCACACACUCUCUCUCUCUCUCUCUCUCUCUGUCGUUUCAAAUUUGAAUGCCGUUUUGGCCAUUCGCCUCUCUGUGAUCUUUCUUUAUUAUUUUUCUGGUUCACCCAGUGAAACGUGAAAUUACCCCCGUCUUCGCGCCCGCGUCUCGCUCGCUCUCUCUUUGACCGCCUCGGUCACACCCCACAUUGAAUCUUGACCGCCACCACCACCCCCCCAACCCCCAACCCCACAGCCCGAUAUAAGCUAAAACCCUUCUCUCGGUACUUUCAUCGAGCGCUCUGUUGGCGUCGUCCUCGCAGAAAGAUGAACAAGGCGGCAUCACAUUGUGGUGGAGGCGUUGAGGCUCAGUCCCUCGCUGCUGGCCUCGGAGAUCUCAGCUUCAGUAACAACGUCAGCAUCAGCUUGUGUAGCAGCACCGUUUCUGGGUCUGAUCACAGCGUUAGCAAUGCUGCUCCAGAUGCCAGCAAGAGCAGCGAGAGCUUGGCAGUAGAUUGUGAGGACAGCGACAAGAGUAGUGUGACUUGUGGGAGUAAAUCGAAUAGUUUCAAUGCAAGCGAGUCGAGCUUCAGGACUUGCUGCCCGUCGAAACCGCAUCGAGGGAACGAUAUCCGGUGGGACGCGAUACAAUGCGUCAAGGGGAAAGAUGGUGGGUUGGGGUUGGGCCAUUUUAGACUCUUGAAGAAGCUGGGGUGUGGAGACAUAGGGAGUGUGUACUUAGCGGAGCUUAGAGGGAUGGGUUGUCUAUUUGCGAUGAAAGUGAUGGACAAGGGAAUGUUGGCUGGGAGGAAGAAGUUGGUGAGAGCUCAAACUGAGAGAGACAUUCUGGGCUUGUUGGAUCAUCCCUUCUUGCCGACGCUGUAUUCGCAUUUCGAGACCGAGAAGUUCUCGUGCUUGUUGAUGGAGUUUUGCAGCGGUGGCGAUCUCCACACUCUUCGGCAGCGCCAGCCUGGGAAGCAUUUCACUGAGCAAGCUGCGAGGUUCUACGCAUCUGAAGUGCUUCUCGCCCUUGAAUAUCUACACAUGAUGGGUGUGGUUUACAGGGACUUGAAGCCUGAGAAUGUCCUUGUGAGAGACGAUGGCCACAUAAUGCUCUCCGACUUCGACUUAUCACUCCGGUGCUCCGUGAGCCCCACUCUCAUCCAGUCAAGCUCGGAGUUUCCUUGUAGGAUCUCCGCAUACUGUAUCGAGCCCGCAUGCAUCGAUCCGGCCUGCAAAUUGCCCGUUUGCGUCGAGCCUAACUGCUUGCAACCAUCUUGCUUUAAACCCCGUUUCUUAAGCACAAAGCCACCAAAGGCAAAAGGUGAAAGGAUUAACUUAGUAAGUUCAGAUUCGCUCCCUCAACUCAUUGCGGAGCCCACAAAUGCCCGCUCUAUGUCAUUUGUCGGGACUCACGAGUAUCUGGCUCCGGAGAUAAUCAGAGGGGAUGGUCAUGGGAGUUCUGUAGAUUGGUGGACGUUCGGAAUCUUCUUGUACGAGCUGCUACAUGGGAAAACGCCCUUCAGAGGCAAUGGAAAUCGCGAGACCUUGUUCAAUGUGGUUGGGCAGUCUCUGAAAUUUCCGGAGGGGUCUGCGGCUAGUUUUCCCGCUAAGGAUUUGAUCCGGGGUCUGCUCGCGAAAGACCCGCAAAAGAGAUUAGGAUUCAAACGUGGGGCUGCAGACAUCAAGCAGCAUCCUUUCUUCGAAAGUAUCAAUUGGGCUCUCAUCCGGAGCACUCAACCCCCAGAAAUCCCGAAGCCGGUCGAUUUUUCAUACUUGAACCACCCGUUCAAGGCUGUGCCUCAGAACGACAAGGGGGCAACGGACUCGGAUAGGUCAUCUGGUCCUUAUUUAGAUUUCGAGUUCUUCUGAUUAUUUUUGGAGGGAAGGCUGGGUAGCGGUAGCGUCAGUUAGGAUGGGGCGGUGGGGGUGGGGGGACUA